UCACAUCUCCCACUUCCUUGUGAGAUUUGUCGGGGUAACGGAACCCUAUAUCAAAGAUGGCUUUUUAUCACCCGGUAUUCUGUUCGUUCACGGAUAACAUUGUGACCAAAUAAGAGCUAUCUUCCACUGAAGAGGAGGCGCAGAGGUGGUUGUAGUUGCCGCGAGCAGUGUUUUCACUCUCGUCGCGCUACGCACCGCUCGCUUCCCCGUGUGCUUGUCCCCACCGUGCUAGCUAGGUUAGCUCAAAUUGUAAAUAUUAGCUAGCCAGGCUAUCUUGCUAACUGGUUGCUAAAAUGGCCACCAUGGAGAAACUGAUGAAGGCCUUUGAGUCCCUCAAGUCAUUCCAGCAGCAGCAGGGACCACCGACAGCCGAGGAGCUUGUCCAGAGACAGAAAAAGGAACAAGCUACCACCAAGAAGGACCGGGUGACCCAUUGCCUGACAAUAUGUGAGAACAUUGUGGCUCAGUCUUUGAGAACGUCUCCGGAGUUCCAGAAGCUGCUGGGCAUCGCCAUGGAGAUGUUCUUGCUCUGCAGUGAUGAUAGCGAAUCAGAUGUCCGGAUGGUGGCCGAUGAGUGCCUGAACAAAAUCAUCAAAGCUCUGAUGGACUCUAAUCUGCCUAGGCUGCAGCUUGAGCUGUACAAAGAAAUUAAAAAGAAUGGUGCCUCUCGGAGCCUGAGGGCAGCUUUAUGGAGGUUUGCUGAGCUUGCCCACCUCAUCAGACCACAGAAAUGCAGACCGUACCUGGUCAACCUGUUGCCGUGCCUGACCAGAAUCACCAAGCGACAGGAGGAGACAGUGCAGGAGACGCUGGCUGCAGCCAUGCCCAAGAUCAUGGCAGCCUUGGGACAUUUUGCUAAUGAUGGCGAGAUCAAGGUGCUGUUGAAGUCCUUAGUGGCCAAUCUGAAGUCCAGCUCCCCCACUAUUCGACGGACAGCAGCCAGCUCAGCUGUCAGUGUGUGCCAACACUCCAGACGCAACAGCUACUUCUACACCUGGCUGCUGAAUGUACUGCUCGGCCUUUUGGUUCCAGUGGACGAAGAGCACCCCAGCCACCUAAUCCUAGGGGUGCUGUUAACUCUGCGCUACCUUAUGCCUCUGCUGCAGCAGCAGGUCAACACUACCAGCCUCAAAGGCAGCUUUGGAGUCAUGAGGAAAGAGGCUGACGUGCAGCCAACACCUGAGCAACUACUGCAGGUGUAUGAGCUGACUCUCCACUACACUCAGCACCGAGAUCACAAUGUGGUCACAGCUGCUCUGGAGCUCCUGCAGCAGAUGUUCAGGACUCCGCCCCCAGAGCUUCUGCACAUGCUCAUCACCGCAGGAAGCAUUCCACAUGCCACCGUGUUUCGUCAGGACACAGAAGGACGUGCGCGGUCUGGCAGCAUUCUUGAGCUCAUUGCGGGGGGAGGGUCUUCCUGCAGUCCACUCCUUCUCAGGAAACAGAAAGGUAAGAUGCUGUCUGGGGAGGAGGAUGGCUUGGAGGAUGACCCCGAGAGGACAGAGGUCACCGCUGGUGCCUUCACAGACGGCUCCUCUGCAGCCCAGGUCGACAUCAUCACUGAGCAGCCACGCUCCUCCCAACAUACCCUGCAGCCUGGGGACUCCGUAGACCUUAGCGCCUCUUCAGAGCAGGGUGGCGGCGGCGGUGGGACAUCUGCGUCGGACACCCCUGAGUCACCCAACGACAACGAGGAGGACAUGUUGAGUCGGAGCUCCAGCGGCGGGGCUAACGUUACCCCGGAGACAGCUGACUACACCACACCUGAGAAUGCGACACCAGAGGGAGGACCCCUCGGAGAAGCCGGGACACUGCUAGGCACCAAUGACCGCUCCCUCCCACCCAGCGACUCCUCCCAGACCACCACAGAGGGCCCAGACUCCGCCAUCACCCCCUCAGACGUCUCAGAACUGGUGUUGGAUGGCAGUGAGAGCCAGUACUCAGGUAUGCAGAUUGGAACAUUACAGGAUGAGGAAGAUGAGGGAGCAGCACCUUCCUCCCAUGAAGAGCAACACCCAGAGCCCUUCUCUCAGUCAGCAUUGGCUCUGAGCAAGCCUCAUCUCUUGGAAGGCCGAGGUCACAACAGGCAGGCUUCAGACAGUAGCGUGGACCGCUUCAUACCAAAAGACGAACCCAUUGAACCUGAACCAGAAAUCAAGCCGUCGAGGAUCAAGGGUCCAAUCGGGCACUACACAGACCAGGGGGUGGAGCCUCUGGUGCAUUGUGUACGACUUCUUGCUGCCUCCUUCCUUCUGACAGGACAAAAGAAUGGUCUGGUCCCUGACAGGGAGGUGCGAGUGAGUGUGAAGGCCCUGGCUGUCAGCUGUAUAGGGACGGCAGCAGCGCUGCAUCCUGAAGCCUUUUUUAAUUUCCUCUACCUGGAGCCGCUGGACGGCAUUCCAGCAGAAGAGCAGCAGUAUAUCAGUGAUGUGCUGGGCUUCAUUGACCACGGGGACCCCCAGAUCAGAGGGGCCACUGCUAUCCUGUGUGGAGCCAUCAUACAGGCUGCACUCACCAAAACACGCUACAACAUACACACCUGGCUGGCCAGUGUGCAGAGUGCAACAGGUAAUCCUCUGUCCCUAGUGGACUUGGUGCCUUUGCUCGAGAAGACUCUGAAAGAUGAAUCCUCAGUCACCUGCAAGAUGGCUUGCUCUGCAGUCAGGCACUGCAUCAUGACCAUGUGCAGCAGCACCCUGAGUGAGCUGGGCCUCCAGCUGGUGAUUGACCUGCUGGCCCUGAGGGACAGCUCCUAUUGGCUGGUUCGAACUGAGCUCUUGGAGACACUGGCUGAGAUGGACUUCAGGCUAGUCAAUUUCCUGGAGAGGAAAACAAAGACUUUGCACAAAGGAGAACAUCACUACACUGGGCGACUGUGUCUUCAGGAUAGAGUCCUGAAUGAUGUGGUUAUUCAUCUGCUGGGAGAUGAGGACCCCAGAGUACGGCAUGUGGCAGCUUCUGCUGUCAGCAGGCUGGUGCCCAGGUUGUUUUAUGACUGUGACCAGGGCCAGGUGGACCCAGUGGUGGCCAUUGCCAGGGACCAGAGCUCUGUCUACCUGCAGCUGCUGAUGCAUGAGACCCAACCACCCUCCCAGUUCACAGUCAGCGCCAUCACAAGGACAUACCGAGGCUACAACCUGUCCCACACUGUGUCUGAUGUCACGCUGGAGAACAACCUGUCCAGAGUUGUCAGCGCCGUAUCUCACGCUCUCACCUCCUCUACCUCCAGAGCCCUGACAUUUGGGUGCUGCGAGGCGCUGUGCCUCCUGACUUCCACUUUCCCAGUAUGCAACUGGAGCACAGGCUGGCACUGUGGCUACGUUAGCUCCAGUAGCAGUCAUGCUUCCCGCUCCAGCCUCAACCGCAGCAGAGGCAGGACCCUAAGUGUAUCCCAGGCCACCAGUGCUCCAGCAUCCUCCAACACCACCACCUCCUCUGCAUCAGAAUCUGAGCGGAGGACUCUGACAGUGGGCAUGGCCAACAUGGUGCUGUCUUUGCUCUCCUCCGCUUGGUUCCCCUUGGAUCUUUCAUCACACCAGGAUGCUCUGUUGCUUGCCAGCAACCUGCUAGCUGCUGUGGCUCCAAAGUGCAUGCACAGCCCCUGGGCAGGAGAGGAGGAGAGCAACAGUGGCAAUAAUAACCCCAGUGGAGCACCCAGUAAGGCGGAGGAGCCCUGGGCAGCCCUGUCAGAGCGCCCCCUGGUGGCCAUGGUGGAGCAGCUCUUCUCCCACCUGCUGAAGAUCCUCAACAUCUGUGCCCAUGUGCUGGAUGACACACCACCUGGACCAGCAGUUAAGGCCACCCUGCCAUCCCUAGCAAACACCCCGUCCCUCAGCCCAAUACGCAGGAAAGGCAAGGAGAAGGAGGCUGUUGAGCCCAGCACCACUGCUAUGAGCCCAAAGAAAAGCAAUGAAGUCAACACAGGCAGGCCAGCGGACAGCACAGGAUCCACUGCAGUCAACAAAUCAACCACCUUUGGCAGCUUCUACCACCUGCCACCUUACCUCAAGCUCUAUGAUGUCCUCAAAGCAACACACGCCAACUACAAGGUGACUCUGGACCUCCACAGUAGCCAGGAGAAGUUUGGAGGUUUCCUGCGUGCCACUCUAGAUGUUCUAUCCCAGUUGCUGGAGCUGGCUACGCUUCAUGACAUCGGCAAGUGUGUGGAGGAAAUCUUGGGCUACCUCAAGUCCUGCUUCUCCAGAGAACCAACCAUGGCCACUGUCUGUGUACAACAGUUGUUGAAGACCCUGUUUGGGACCAACCUCGCCUCCCAGUAUGAAGGGGCCCUGAGUGGACCCAGUCGCACGCAGGGUAAAGCUCUACGUCUGGGCUCAUCCAGCCUACGACCUGGCCUCUACCACUACUGCUUCAUGGCCCCCUACACACACUUCACUCAGGCCCUGGCUGACGCCAGUCUCCGUAAUAUGGUGCAGGCCGAGCAGGAGCAGGACACCUCUGGAUGGUUUGAUGUGAUGCAGAAAGUGUCCAGUCAGCUGAGGUCCAGCAUCACAAAUGUGACACGCCACCGAGGAGACAAGAAUGCCAUCCACAACCACAUUCGUCUCUUUGAACCACUGGUGAUCAAAGCUUUGAAGCAGUACACCACCAGCACCUCUGUGGCUCUGCAGCGACAAGUCUUGGACCUGUUGGCCCAGCUUGUGCAGCUCAGAGUAAACUACUGCCUGCUGGAUUCAGACCAGGUGUUCAUAGGAUUUGUCCUCAAGCAGUUCGAGUACAUUGAAGUGGGCCAGUUCAGAGAUUCAGAGGCCAUUGUUCCCAAUAUCUUCUUCUUCCUGGUGCUGUUGUCUUAUGAACGGUACCACUCCAAGCAGAUCAUCAGCAUCCCUAAGAUCAUCCAGCUCUGUGAUGGGAUCAUGGCUAGUGGCAGGAAGGCUGUCACACAUGCCAUUCCAGCCUUGCAGCCAAUAGUCCAUGACCUGUUUGUGUUAAGAGGUUCCAACAAAGCUGACGCAGGCAAGGAGCUGGACACACAGAAAGAGGUGGUGGUCUCCAUGCUGCUAAGACUCAUUCAGUACCACCAGGUGCUGGAGAUGUUCAUCCUGGUACUGCAGCAGUGUCAUAAAGAGAAUGAGGACAAGUGGAAGAGAUUGUCCAGACAGAUUGCUGAUGUCAUUCUGCCUAUGAUUGCCAAGCAGCAGAUGCACCUAGACUCUCCCGAAGCGCUGGGAGUGUUGAACACUCUUUUUGAAACUGUGGCGCCUUCCUCCCUUAGGCCUGUAGACAUGCUGCUCAAGAGUAUGUUUACUACCCCAGGCACCAUGACUUCAGUGGCCACAGUCCAACUGUGGGUCUCAGGAAUCCUGGCAGUGCUCAGGGUCCUCGUCUCCCAGUCCACUGAGGACAUUGUGCUGUCCCGAAUCCAUGAGCUCUCUCUCUCCCCCCACCUCCUGUCCUGCCACAUCAUACGCCGACUCCAACAGCAGAGCCCCUCCCCACAUGACCCGCCCACCAUAAACCUCGGUAACCAAGAACCCAAUGGUGAGGCACCAAAAGCCCUGCCUGAGGAGACAUUUGCGAGGUUCCUGCUCCAGCUAGUAGGGGUGUUGCUGGAUGACAUUUCUUCCAGACAAGUGAAAGUGGACAUAACAGAACAGCAACAUACCUUCUACUGCCAGCAGCUGGGCACAUUGCUUAUGUGUCUUAUACACAUCUUCAAAAGUGGAAUGUUCCGCAGGAUCACAGCUGCAGCCAGCCGCCUACUGAAGGGCGAGGGUGCCAGUGGACAGGACAGCCCUGAGACUGGCUCCUUCUAUCCUCUGGAGGGCCUGAACAGCAUGGUGCAGUGUCUGAUCACCACCCACCCACCCUUAGUGCUGCUGUGGUGCCAGGUCCUUCUCAUUAUUAAUUACACCAACUACUCUUGGUGGGCUGAGGUGCAUCAGACGCCCAGAAGACACAGCCUCUCAUGUACCAAGCUGCUGAGCCCCCACUCCUCAGGGGAAGGUGAGGAGGAAAAGCCUGAGUCCCGGUUAGCCAUGGUCAAUAGAGAGAUUGUACGCAGGGGGGCCCUCAUCCUCUUCUGUGACUAUGUGUGCCAGAACCUCCAUGACUCGGAGCAUCUAACCUGGCUCAUUGUCAACCAUGUGCGGGAUCUUAUCAGCCUUUCCCAUGAGCCUCCAGUCCAGGAUUUCAUCAGUGCUGUGCACCGCAACUCAGCUGCCAGCGGCCUUUUCAUCCAGGCCAUCCAAUCCCGCUGUGAUAACCUUACUACUCCCACCAUGUUGAAGAAAACUCUGCAGUGCUUGGAGGGAAUCCACUUGAGCCAGUCUGGCUCCCUGUUGAUGCUGUAUGUUGACAAACUGCUCAGUACGCCUUUCAGGGUCCUGGCUCGCAUGGUGGACACACUGGCCUGCCGCAGGGUGGAGAUGUUGCUGGCUGAGACACUGCAGAAUAGUAUAGCCCAGCUACCUGUGGAGGAACUGGACAGGAUCCAGGAAUACCUCCAGACCAGUGGCCUGGCUCAGAGGCAUCAGAGGUUUUACUCCCUGCUGGACAGGUUCCGAGCCACUGUUGCAGAGACCAGUAGCCCUGCCCCUCCGGUGACAUCACACCCCCUGGAUGGGGACCCACCCCCUGCCCCAGAAUUAGUCGUUGCCAAUAAGGAGUGGUAUGUGGCUUUGGUGAAGUCUCAGUGCUGUCUUCAUGGUGAUAGUUCGCUCUUAGAGACAACAGAACUCCUUACCAAACUACCUCCCUCUGAUCUCUCCUGCAUCAUGAGCUGCAAGGAGUUCAACCUUAACCUGUUGUGUCCCUGCCUAAGUAUGGGAAUGCAGCGGUUAGCACGGGGGCAGGGGUCGCUGUUACUGGAGACAGCCUUGCAGGUGACUCUGGAGCAACUGGCCGGGGUCACACGGUUGCUUCCUGUCCCACACCAGUCCUUCCUGCCACCCUCCCAGCCCCAGCCUCACUGGGAGCAGCUGGGUGACAUCUAUGGCGAGCCAGGUUUCUAUACCAGGGUUUUGUCGCUGUGCAGAGCUCUGUCUCAGUACCUGCUGAGUACAGGCCAGUUGCCCUCAACACUGCAGAUUCCUUCUGACAAGGAACACCUCAUCACCACUUUCACCUGCACUGCCAUUGAGGUGAUAGUGUGGCGUCUGCUGCAGGAUUCGUUGCCCCUGAGUGUGGACUUGCAGUGGGCUCUGUCCUGCCUCUGUCUGGCCCUGCAGCAGCCCGGCAUCUGGAACAAACUUGCCAUGCCUGAGUACACCACACACACCUGCUCCCUCAUCCACUGUCUGCGCCUCAUCAUUGUUGCAGUGGCUGUACAUCCUGGCAGUCAGCUGAUGCAUCCAGAGAGGAAGAGGACAGAGGCAGAGAGAGACUCUGAAUGCAAUGAAGUAGACUCAGCACACACUGACAAAACAUAUGAGCGGCGCGCGUGUGAGAUCAUGGCGGAGUUGGUGGAAGGUCUGCAGAGUGUCCUGGCACUGGGUCACCAUAGAAACAGGGACAUUCCUGCCUUUCUCACACCAACCCUACGCAACAUUGUAAUCAGCCUGUCCCGACUGCCUCUGGUCAACAGCUACACACGAGUACCUCCCCUGGUUUGGAAACUGGGCUGGUCCCCUCUACCAGGAGGAGAGUUCGGCACAACACUGCCCGAGAUUCCUGUGGACUUCCUUCAGGAAAAGGAUGUUUUCAGAGAGUUCCUCUACCGCAUCAACACUUUGGGCUGGAGCAGCAGGACUCAGUUUGAGGAGACCUGGGCCACUCUGCUCGGGGUGCUGGUCACCCAACCCAUCACGAUGGACCAGGAGGAGGAGACACAGCAGGAGGAGGAUCUGGAGCGUACUCAGUUGAAUGUGUUGGCGGUGCAGGCCAUCACCAGCCUGGUGCUGAGUGCCAUGACCCUGCCCACUGCGGGCAAUCCUGCAGUCAGCUGUCUGGAGCAGCAACCUCGCAACAAGAGCCUCAAGGCCCUGGAUACUCGGUUUGGCAGGAAGUUGGCUGUGAUCAGGGGUGAGAUGGAGAGAGAGAUUCAGGCACUGGUGUCCAAGAGAGACAAUGUCCACACACACCACCCCUACCAUGCAUGGGACCCUGUGCCCUCACUGUCAGCAGCCUCUGCUGCAGGCACUCUGAUUAGCCAUGAGAAGCUUUUGCUUCAGAUCAACACAGAGAGGGAGAUGGGUAACAUGGACUACAAGUUGGGACAGGUAUCCAUCCACUCAGUGUGGCUAGGUAACAACAUCACUCCUUUGAGGGAGGAAGAGUGGGGUGAGGAUGAGGAAGAUGAGACAGACACUCCAGCCCCCACCUCCCCACCACUCUCUCCUAUCAACUCUAGGAAGCAUCGCGCAGGUGUGGACAUUCACUCAUGUUCUCAGUUCCUUUUGGAGCUCUACAGCCAGUGGCUGAUCCCUGGCUCCCCAAGUAACAGGAGGACCCCUGUGGUGCUCAUCAGUGAGGUGGUCCGAUCGCUGCUGGCAGUGUCGGACCUGUUCACUGAGAGGAACCAGUUUGACAUGAUGUUCUCCACGCUCAUAGAGCUGCAGAAGCUCCACCCCCCAGAGGAUGAGAUCCUCAAUCAGUACCUGGUGCCUGCUAUCUGCAAGGCUGCUGCCGUACUGGGCAUGGACAAAGCAAUAGCAGAGCCUGUGUGUCGCCUGUUGGAGACCACCCUGCGCAGCACUCAUCUGCCCAGCCGAAUGGGGGCUCUGCAUGGUGUUCUGUACGUCUUGGAGUGUGACCUGCUGGAUGACACAGCCAAACAGCUCAUCCCCACUGUCUCUGAGUACCUGCUGUCCAACCUCAGGGCUAUCGCUCACUGCGUGAACCUGCAUAACCAGCAGCAUGUGCUGGUGAUGUGUGCAGUUGCCUUCUACAUGAUGGAAAACUAUCCUCUGGAUGUAGGAGCAGAGUUCACAGCUGGAGUUAUACAGAUGUGCGGUGUCAUGGUGUCAGCCAGCGAGGACUCCACUCCCUCUGUCAUCUACCACUGUGUGCUACGUGGUCUGGAGCGCCUCCUGCUUUCAGAGCAGUUGUCACGCUUGGAUGGAGAGGCACUGGUAAAACUCAGCGUGGACCGAGUCAACAUGCCCUCGCCACACAGAGCCAUGGCUGCCCUGGGACUCAUGCUAACCUGCAUGUACACUGCGGUGGUUGCAUCUGGUUCAGAGGUGACAGGGGUUAGAGGUCAGGUUGGCUCUGGCUCUGCUGUAGCGGAGGCGGUGGGCGUCACAGCAGGUCCUGUUGGUUUCUCCUCAGGCAAGGAGAAAGCCAGCCCUGCCAGUCGCCCCACCAACUCUGACCCUCAGGCCCCAGACAGUGAGUCGGUCAUUGUCGCCAUGGAGAGGGUCUCUGUGCUUUUCGACAGGAUCCGGAAGGGUUUGCCCAGCGAGGCACGGGUGGUGUCAAGGAUUCUGCCCCAGUUCUUGGAUGACUUUUUCCCACCGCAGGAUGUCAUGAACAAGGUCAUCGGAGAGUUUCUCUCCAAUCAGCAACCUUACCCACAAUUCAUGGCCACUGUGGUCUACAAGGUUUUCCAGACACUACAUGCCACAGGCCAGUCAUCUAUGGUGCGUGACUGGGUGCUGCUGUCCCUGUCCAACUUCACCCAGAGGACACCAGUGGCCAUGGCCAUGUGGAGCCUCUCCUGCUUUUUUGUCUCUGCUUCCACCUCCCAGUGGAUUUCAGCCCUGCUGCCACAUGUGAUCAGCCGCAUGGGCUGCAGUGAUGUGGUGGACGUCAACCUGUUCUGUCUGGUGGCCAUGGACUUCUACCGGCACCAGAUUGAUGAGGAGCUGGACCGCAGAGCCUUCCAGUCUGUCUUCGAGACUGUAGCCUCACCGGGGAGCCCAUACUUCCAGCUACUGGGCUGCCUGCAGUCCAUCCACCAGGACACAUCACUCUGAUGGAAAUGGGUGGAGAUAGACUUGUAGGCACAGAGAGGAAGGGAGAGAAUGAGGGAUGAAAAGAACGAUGGAUGGUAGGAAGAGAAACGUCAAGCAUCCACGCACAGCUCCCUCCUCAAGCUGAGAUGCAGGAGAAUAGAAUGUUUUGUCAAAAUCAUCUACUGUAGCCUCAUCCCUUCCCUUUCUUUUCACUGAUCCGAAGUAAGUAGAACUACUGAAAUCACCAUGGUGAAGUCACCGUGUAAAAUGUAGUAGCAAGUGUAAAGAAAAGUAAAUGACAGGAGAUCUAAAUCCAUGUUAAUUUAAGGACAUAGGUUAGGUCUCAUCUUGCACCUCCAUGAAAGACACGGGUUCAAGAACCUCCAAAUUGUGGUUCUGCCUACAACCACGCCUGCCCACUGACCAUUACUUGGGAUGGAUGACAACACCCUGAACACUUCUCCUACCCAGCACCUUGAUGAACAUAGAAGAUAAUAUUAAUCACAAAAGAAAAGUGGAUUCGUAUAUUUUCCUGUGAGGACUUGCUUGAGCAUUGUGUUGUCAGUUAAGUAAAAUAGAGAAAAAAUCAGAAAAUACAAAGUAUUUACUAUAUUUAAAGUUCCAAUACAUAUAUUUUUCAGUGCAUUUUUGUUACAGAGGGCAAAAGAUCUGGUAAAGAAACUGACCAUAGGCUGACACGAGAGAUGAAGGGUCAGAAAAGCCUGCUUGAUGUUGUCAAUAAUUAACUAUCUUUGAAGAGUUUCUUUUAUUUUUAAGUUACUUGUGGUCAUUCUGACACCAAUAUGAAAGUAUGUUUUAUGUUUCUUAAAGAGUAAAAGGAUCACUAAUAGCCAUAGUAAUUUCUUCCAUGUUGACAAGAGGGGGUAAAAAGCUGUGAUUGUAUCCGUCACUGCAGAGGGGGCAACUUUUUUUGCACCCAUUCUCAGCGUGUUGCUAUGAUUCCUGUAUCUCUGUAUGCAGUUACCUGUUCUGGAUGCUUGGGUGAAAGAAUGAAGAACUAGACGGGUAUUUUAAUGAGCUCCAGUCUCAAGCACACUGAUCUGCAAGAGGCUUUUUUUCAGGAAUGAUCAGGAAACUGCACCUUGAAUUUCAAGGGCCCAGUCAUCAUCAUGCUCACUCAACAUCUAAAACAGCUGAAAAUUUCAAGUCAAGUAAGAAAAAUGCCAAAUUUGCUGUGAGGAAGGUUUUGUUUUGUUUUUGUUUUGUUUUUACUCAACUGCAGCAAAUCAGUGUUUACGUCUUCUUUGGUAGUAUGAUAUUGCAUAUCUGUCUAGUCCUUUAUUGUUGCAUCCGAGCCCAGUAUGAACCCUAAUGCACCUGUAUUCCAACUGUCCAUUUGUUGUACUUUUUUUAAUUCUCAGGAUGUAAGAUGUGACUAUUAUUGUUAUAAUAAGACUGGAAGUAAUUUACAGUCAUCUUUUAAAUGGUGUACCUUCGUAUAUCAGUGUAAAAAGAGCAAACAUAAUUGUAAAGUAAUACAAAAGCCAUGGUGCAUGACAAAAAUAAUUCUGUAAAGACAAGAGAACCUAAAUAGACGGUGAAGAUAAUGUGAUGCCAUGUUUUCCUCUGUCUCUGUUUUAACUCACAUGAACACAAGAUGAGUAAAAAUAAUGUAGUGAACCCAGAAGACCACAGAAUGCAGAAAGCAACAAGCUGAAAAUGUUUCCUUACUGAAGACUUGACCCUGAGUUGCCUGGGAGUGCGAAAAGGCUUCGAUUCUCUGUACAUACACUUGCCUUAGAUAAAGACUGAUCAUAUGUCCUGUACAUUGAAGCUUGCUGAAGCAUGCACGAUUACUGCUAUUUCCUUUCCUAGUCCUUAAUACUGUAUUUCUAUGGUUACGAUUGUCAGGCCAAUGGUUCCGAUGAUGGUGGAGGUGUGGGAGAGAUGCAACACAAUCCAAAGCGAACCUUGUAACCUUCAUGACCAACAGCAGCUUUGACAAAUCAACAGGUGGGGACUUGUAGCUUAGCGAUGCCAUGUGACACCAGAACAUCCUAGUUUUUUUUUUUUUUUUUUUUCUGUUUUGUAAAGCUUUAAAUAUGAUUUUCUUGUCCCUGUUAGAUAUUGGUAAAUAUGUCACCAUUCAUUGUCUUUGUGCAGAAUAUUAAGUACAUCUGGCACUUAAAACUUGGAACAUCUCGCUACAAUGCUAUUGGGCAUCCUCUUUUUUUUUUUUUCUUUUUUUUUUCUUUUUGAUAUGCAACAAGUCCUACGUGAAACUACAAAAUCACAGCAAAGUUGUAUGCUAAAUACAUUACAUCUUUCAAACACAGAAGGCGAUGUGAUUCAUUUCCUCUGGUCGUGUUAACAAGUCAAAUAUAUUCACACAAUAAAUGUCUAAGUCCCCCGA